GUAUAAUAGAAACUUUUUCUGUCUUCCAUAUCCAUUCCAUACUUCUUCGCUAUGCGUUCCUGAUCUACGACUACUGUAGAUAUAUUGAUAUCCCAUGAAAUAUUAAUAUAACUAGAUUCUGUAAUGAUCAAAUCUAUUCAAUUUGUAUGUAGUACGUUAUCACUAAUAUUACGCAACUCAGGCAUCAUAGGCAACGUAAAUACUGCCUAAUACAUACUGCCCACAAAGCGGCAAAACAUUCGACCUCAUCGUGUCUCCGACUUUAUCAAAGCAUUACACACCGCUGGCAGGUAGCGCCGAGCCACCUUUGUCAUUUACUUUGAUUUAUAUUCCCUUAUUUGCUUUAAUUGUAGAGUAGUAACUAUAGAUAGUUGUGCGGUUUGUAUUGUCUGUAUAGGGUUUCAACGUAGUAGCUGUUGUAGUAUCUCUGGGGCUCGAACUCUAACGCUCAAAGCAUAAAGUUAUCGGACGGGAUUCCCAUGAUGGUUUAAGAGAAGGUCAUCCCAUAAACCGUGUGAGUCGGGGGCCCCACGCACAGCGCGUUGUGUGUUGUCUGCGUUAUAAUAGAUCCAGAAUAGAUGGGCCUCUGUUUCAUCCUGAAUGUUCACUUGUUCGGUACAAAUUGAAUCAUAUUGGAGUUGGCACCCAUCUCUAAUUGCUAACCAUAAGUAUUAGUUAAGCUAUUUAACGAGGGAUGUCGCACGUAAAUCCCUUUUGAUGUCUUCUUGAAGUUGAGGUGUGGUUGAGGUUAUGCUCAUUGUUGAUCGUAUUUUUUUUUAUUUUGCAAUGGACUUUUGGAAAGAUGUCCUAGGAGCCCCACAGAAAAUAGUGGCACCCAUGGUAGAUGCAAGUGAGCUUGCUUGGAGGAUACUAAGUAGAAAGUAUGGUGCAGAGUUGUGCUACACGCCAAUGCUUCAUAGUGCCAUAUUUUGCAAAGAUGCAAAGUAUAGAAAAGAAGCAUUGGCUAGUUGUGAGAAAGAUAGGCCUUUAAUAGUACAGUUUUGUGGAAAUGACCCAAAAGUAUUAUUGGAAGCGGCACUUCUAGCUCAAGAUCACUGUAGUGCAAUAGAUAUAAAUUUGGGUUGUCCUCAAGCUAUUGCAAAAAGGGGUCAUUAUGGAGCAUUUUUGCAGGAUGAAUGGCCUUUACUACAAGAAAUAGUUAGUACUCUAAGUAAAAACCUAAAGGUACCUGUAACAUGUAAAAUACGAAGAUUUGAAACUAUUGAAAAGACAGUAAAGUAUGCAAAAAUGUUAGAAGCAUCAGGCUGCAAAAUGUUAACAGUUCAUGGAAGGAUGAGAGAGCAAAAAGGGCCUUUAACUGGCUUAGCAGAUUGGAGUUAUGUUAGAGCUGUGAGAGAAGCUGUCUCAAUUCCAGUGAUCUCCAAUGGCAACAUUCACUGCAUGCAGGAUGUGGAAAGAUGUCUGGAAGAAACUGGAGCAGUAGGUGUGAUGUCAGCUGAAGGGAAUUUGCACAAUCCUGCAGUUUUCAUGUACCAGAACCCUCCUGCUUGGGAACCUGCUUUGGAAUAUUUGAAUUUGGCUGAAAAGUAUCCAUGUCCAUUGUCUUAUGUCAGGGGGCAUUUGUUCAAACUUUUCCACCAUGUUUUAUCAAUAUCUGAAAAUAACGACAUACGAAUACGUUUAGGAGCAGCAAAUACAAUGGAGCAAUUUCAUCAAAUCGUGAACGAGUUGAAAGCUAUAUACGAACCGUAUCACAGCGGUCUUAUGAAAUGGGAUCAGUCAAUGGAAAUAGACAGUCAAAACUUGAUCAUGCCACCUUGGUUAUGUCAGCCAUACAUUAGGGAUACUCCUGAGAAUUACGUAAAGAAAGUUGAGGAGAGGCGGAUAGAAAAUGAAGAAAAAAUGAAUAAAUAUAUUCUAUUUACAUAGCAGUCUUGCUAGUAAGUGCAUACUUUACAAUUCAAAACCUCGAAACGAGACGAAAUCGCAAAUCGAGUUGAAGUCAAAUUACCGUCGGGUUGCUUUUGGUGGGAAUAUUGGCUUAAGGUACAAAAAGCAAGGGAAGCACUGAGUACUAUUUUUCUCAAAAAGCCGAGUGCCGAGUUCUUGGUCAGAUUCGAAUACCUGGUACCGGGUACUUGGUGGAGCAGGCUCUGGGCCAUUUCAGGGUUCCGAAAAUAAAAGGCAGUAUGAGGAUGCAGAUGGCAAUCCAAUCAGCAGGAAGAAAAUGAAAAAACUUAGAAGAAUGAGUCGACGACCUGAAAAACCUACGCAUAUGACGCCUAAUGAAAGACCACUGUGUGAAAAAUGUGUCAAUCCUCUGGGUUCGAAAUGUGAAUAUAAGCUUUGCAAAAAAUGCUGCAAAGACAAAUGUUAUGUUGACAACCUGAAUUGCGAGGGGCACAGAAUACUCGUAAAGAAAAGGAGAGAAAUGGCGAAGUUUUAUGCUAGUCAAGUCAACAAAAAUGAAAUAGAAAAUGGAGUAUCGUGAAAAAUAAAUAAUUUUCAGUAAA